CACAUUAAAUUUCGUGGAAUAUAUUAACGACUAAACGUUAAACUUAUUCUAUCAUGUGUAAUUGGUAAUCCGGCCGAUUGCAUCCAAACCAAACAACCCUUUAUUCAUGAACCUCAUGAUUCAUUGGUGAACAGUGACCACACCUUUUUUUCCGAUUUUUUUUUUUUAUUGCGAUAAUUUUGCUUAACCUUUCUGCCAAAUCAAACACACCGUUAAUUUCCCUUUCUGCGUUCCCAUGAUGAUGGCAAAUGAUAAAAGGCAAGAGGGCUUUUUGGUUUAUAAUUAAACAAGAAAAUGGUACCACUAGACAUUAAGAAUGAUAUAAUAAUUAUUUAAUACUACAAGUACGUAGUAGAACUAGUCUCUCGCCGUCAUCUUUUCGAUAGGCUCUCCACCACCGUUGAGAAAUUAAUAAAAAAACCUGGGCUGGGCUCUGCCAGUCUCCACCUACCUACCCGCCAUAAAGAGGGAAAUUAAUAAUGUAUGCAUCCGUUGCAUGGAAUCAUUGCAAUUUGCAAACGUCCUCAUGAAUGCAGUCAAGUCAUACCAACCAACGUAACAAGUUGAAUUGGGGAUGCUUUUAUUUUCUUAUCAUUAAAUGAUCAAAAUCAUUAACAUCUCGAGAAGUAAUAAUAUGAUACAAGAUGGAAAAGGAUUGAUAAAAACAUUUCAAGAGAGCACCCUCAAGUUGCGUGUCACAUUCCUCACAAUAACUCGACGUCUGAUCCUUCAUUGGAAGUUGGACAGUGACGAUUUAUUUACUUGAUUGAAAAUGUUAGUCGAUUGUUGUUAGAUUGGAUAAUUUCAUCAGAAUUAGAUAUCUAGUGGAAUUUGAUUAAAGAGUAGUUUUUUUUUUACAAGGGCAGCUUAUAUUGCAUUACCAAUCAAAAUCGAGGAGAAAGAGUUACACAAAGAAAUCUGAAAGAAGGCCAAGAACAACAAUCCAAUCAUGAGGAAGGGAGUUGUGAACAAGGGACCUAGCGACCCAGUCAGCUCUCGUAUUGAGGUUCCUUCCGAAAAAAGAAACAUUAAUCAACGGGUUCCUCUUAAGCAGAUCACUCAUGAUCCCAAGCACUGCCGAGCAAAACCACGGGCAAGAUGAACUCGGGUUUGCUAAAGCAGAAACAAGAGUCAAACAGUCAGAGCGGACGAGAACAAGGCAAGCUAAAUCCCGAGCCAGCAACAGAGCUUCAAGUAAGGCUUUCGCCUCCGCUUCGGGAGGAGAUGCGCAAAGAAAGGUCCCAGCUCUCCCGUCACAACUUGACCAUGGCUAUUGAGGACAACAACGCCAUAGGGCGCCUCCUGGGAAUCGCUAAGAAACUAUCCAUCAUAGUGAACCUCAAAGAGAGGCAAACUCGGCGGUGGUGAGGUCUGGUUCGGGGGAUGGUUGAGUUAGGAAAUGGAGGGAGGUGGAUUUCUCUGAACUGGGGGUAAGUCGACCAUUCUAGCAAGUCCCGAGCAGCAUUGGAACAAGUAGCUGGAGGCCAGCGGGAGGCAUUACGGAACACUUUUUCGUUUCGACAUUUCCAAAUGUUUGAGAUGAGGAAGAUAAUUUGGUGGAUCGACUGAAUGAGGAUGGUGUCCUUUAGGUGGAAGAGCCAUUCAAGGAUGUUUGCAGAAGGUGGUGGGGGACUAAGGGACGGGUAGAAGUGGUCCCAAGACUCUCUCGCAUGAUGACAACCAAAGAGGAAGUGGUAGAGAGACUCUUCCGGAUCAUUGUAGACCUGACACGCAGGAGAAGGAGCACAUCUCCGGUUGAACAACUUCCUUUAGGUGGCAAGAGCAUUGCGGGCGCACUUCCAAAGAAAGAAUCUCAUUUUCGGUGGCAAAGACAGCUUCCAAAGCCAUUUCCACCUUUCUCUUUCAAGGGUUGUGGUCACGUGAAAUUCAGACUCUUAAGAUCUUUUCCUGACAUGGAAGGCAUGGUAAGCAGAAGCAACAGUAAAGUUAGCUUUGGGAGAGAACUUCCAAGCGAGAAAUCAGGUGCCUCAUGAAGACCAAUCGGGACCCUCUUAAUAGCUUGGACAUGAAAGAGUGGCACCGCCUGCCCAACAGCUUGCUCGUUCCAGCUCCUCUCCUCCCCAUUAAUGAAAUCUACCACCCGAUCUUAUUGAUCUGUUGUUCCUUGAAUCUUUCCCUCUGGGAUAUGAGGAAUCCACGGGUCGUGGAAGAAACUUGUAGACUCACCAUUGCCAAUAACUCGAAUAAUGCCAAACUCCAUCAUUUUCUUUGCUUCCCAAAUGCUCACCCAGAUCCAGGAAGGGCGACUUCCAUUCUUAGCGUGAAGGAAAUCAGUUUUUUUGAAAUACAGAACCUUGAGGAUUCGCUCCCAAAGGGACUUCGGAGAGAUAAGGAGUCUCCAAACUUGUUUGGCCAACAAGGCAAGGUUGAAGUCUUUAAAAGAGCGGAACCCAACACCCCCCUCCUCCUUAGGGGCAUUCAACACUUGUGCAUACACCACUAAAUAGUCUUUUUUUGAAAAGAACCUGACCAAAAUAACUUUUUCACCAGAGCAUCCAUUUUCUUGGUGAUAUAAUCCGGGAGGAGGAACAGACACAUGAUGUAGGUCAGGAUCGCCUGUAUCACCACUUUGAUAAAGGUCUCUUUGCCUCCCGGGGAGAGUAAAAGGCUCUUCCAAGAUUCCUCUCGCUUUUCCAUUCUCGUAAUGAGAAAAGAGAAAGUCUCCUUUUUCGAUCUUUCCCAUUCCGUUGGAACUCCGAGAUAGGUGGAGUGACUGUCAAACCAAGAUCAACAAUAAUCUGCCCCCUCAAAUCCGCUUCCACAUUGUGGGUCUGAGAUGAUUUCCAUGAUCCUCUCACCUUCUUCCAAGGAGGCUUGUCCAAAAAUCACUGUAUCAUCAGCAAAAAGACAAUGCAUGAGGGUCGGGUAAUGACGAUUAAGUUUUAAACCUUUAAAAACAUUCGAAGAAGCCGCUUUAUCGACAAGAAAAGAAAGGGCGUUAGAGAGGAGGAUGAAUAAAAGAGGAUAAAGAAG